GAAAUUUGUAAAUCUAGAGACUAUUUAAUGGUUGCUCAGAAAGUGAGAGUCCACCAGUCCAACUGUCCACCAACACAACGUCCCCAGUUGAACAACUUUGCAAAGUGUGAGGCUGAAACAUUCUUGGGCAACCAGAAGAUGGGAUUCUCCUUGUACGUCGGCCUCUGUUGCCUUGGAAUCUUGAUCACCAAUCCUUUUUUGGGAGCUAAGGCUGCAUCAUGCCCCAGAGACUGGCUGCAGAAACAGGGGAACUGUUAUGGAUAUUUUGACGAUAAUGUAGACUGGGAUGGUGCUGAGUUGGAGUGCCAGAGUUUUGGUCCUGGAUGUCAUCUCGCCUCUAUCCUCAGCUUCCAAGAGUCUGCGCUGGUGUCUGGAUACAUCAGAGACAAACAGGAAUCACCUAGCAGUGUCUGGAUAGGGCUCCGUGAUGUCUCUGGGAAAAGGCGAUGGAGAUGGGCUGAUGAAUCUACCUUCAACUUUAGAGCCUGGAUGGAACACCAGCCAGACAAUACUAAUCGGAAUGAACAUUGUGCGGAGGUGACACAUAACACAAGUUUUAAACAGUGGAAUGAUAUUUCAUGUAGCAGUCUUAAAGCUUACAUCUGUAAGUACCAGCUGUAGAGCCCUCUGGAUGAAGGCAGCUGGGAUGCAACCAGUACCGACUAUGAAAUACUGCAAAUUUGAUCGACACCCAGUUGAUUUUAUUGCCUCUGAAUCAUUAAGAAUGACAGACCAGAUCUUCUCCCUUCCUUCACACAUUUCCUGUUAGAAUAGACAACUUUACCAUUACCCUGUUCUCUUGAUUUUUCUCAAUGGCAAUACAAUACGAAUAAACUCUCUAUAGCACAUUUAUACAACA